AUGGCUGAUGGUCUUGCAAUAAUUGGAGUUGUGUUGCCGCUGGCGGGGCUAGCGACCACAGGAAUAAGGGAGCUGUGUGAGCUCUAUGCGGCGAAGAAAGAGAUCUCAGAGACGAUUCAAAAUGUCUCCAAGCAGCUUCCACUCCUCAUCGACACGCUAACGGAAAUCGAAAAGAGACUUCAGGUAGAAUUGCUGAAGCCUACAGCGCAGAAGAUUUUUGUCGCUAAGCACCAGAACAAUAUCGCGCGUCUUGUGGAGGGCUGUCGAACUGAUAUCACGAAACUCAACAGCCUGAUUGUUAAAGUGAAGCCUUCGGGCUCGGCAAAACGCUCUAGAGCCUUUCAAGUCUCGAAAAAGGCUGUUGCUUGGCGUCUGAGGUAUGGAAACGAGUUCAAAGAGAUUAUGAGCAGGCUUCGCAACCUCACAUCAACACUCACUGACUACCUUACGGUAAGAAGCGGGAUUAUUGUAGAUGAGUCGCUCUCGCUGGCUCUGAAAGGAAGAGAGCACCGGUAUACCGACUGGUUGCAGCCAUGCGAUGUUGAAUUCAUCGGAAAGAAACUGGACGGAACCUCGCCUCCGGAUUCUGAUCGACUGCUCUGUAUAUAUGGAGUUCAUGGAUCAGGAAAAUCAGUUCUGGCUUCAUCCAUCGUCAGCGGUCUGAAAGAUAGACAGCAAAAAACGCUCUUCUUUUCAUUCUCUGGACUAGAAAGCACCAGGAAGAGUGUAGAACAUCUUCUUCGCACUAUACUGUGGCAGCUCAUACAAAUCGCUCCUCCCGAGGUUGGCCACAAGACCAUGCAAGAUCUGAUGGCAGCAGGAGCUAUCGCAACUGCCGGAUUACUGCAAUCUUUGGUAAAGAUUGGAAAAUCAUUGACAACACGAGUAUAUUGCAUUAUCGAUGGCGUGGAUGAAUCAGACGCCGAGUGGAACGACUCCUUCGACGGUGGCCUCAAAAUCGUUCUCGACCUUCGAAAAGCUCUCCCUGGGUUUCAUUUCCUUCUGAUUGGACGACCAGCAGCAUUAUGGCAGGCUCUCCGCCAUACGGAUUUGAAGAUCGAAAUGACCCCUCAAGCUGUCAAGGGAGAUAUUGCGAAGUUCAUCCAAGCUGAAAUAGAAAAACUGGACAUAGUCAACAACGACAACCUUCGAACGCAUGUCUACAAGACCCUGGAAGAGAAAUCUGAUGGAAUGUUUCUCUGGGUGAAGAUGAUGCUGAGUGAAUUACGAAAGGCUUCCACUGCCGAUGAGGUCGAGAAAAUGCUUUCGGACUUGCCACGAGGACUUCAUAAAGCAUAUCACUUCGUCUUUGCGAGCCUUUUGGGGAGGCUGGGGAAAUUAGAGUUAAGUCGCGCUCAAAGACUUCUCCAAAUUGUAGUGACAGCAUGCCGUCCAAUGAAGAUUGGUGAGCUAUGCUACACCUAUGCCAUCAUGUCGGAACAUGGAGCCAAGUUUGAAAAACAUUUAAUGCCUCAACCAGAUCAAGGCGUGUUGAAUGUUUGCGGGGACUUUAUCACCAUUUCUGGCGGGGUUGUGCGCCUGGGACACACAUCCGUGAAGGAGUUUUUGACUCGUUCUGAGGAGCAGUUCAGACUUGAUGACCCAGAGCUUCUCUGCUUCAAUAUAAAUAUCACCAAAGCAAACCACAUGAUGGCGCUCACCUGGAUCGAAUACUUAGCCACUUGCGAAUAUGGGUUUCCGUUACGGGAUGCAGAUGCCAUGACAACACUUGACACGCGAUACCCACUGCUCCAUUAUGCGUCAAGAUAUGGAGUGUUCCACUUGAUGAGAUCUGUACACGAUGUCUCUAACGCAGAUCUGGUACAAGAGCUUGACUUGCUCCAGGAAUGGUACGACCAAGCAAUUGAUAAACCACGUCAUUUGCGACGCAAGUUUCAUGGGCGCAUGGAAGAAGAGCUUGAAUAUCGACGAAAACUCUUCGGAGAUGAAGAUGAGCGUACCGAAACAUGUAGAAGUGCCGUUUUGUGGCUGAUAGAUGACGUCGAGAAGUACUUGCCGGAUAACUCCCAGAGCCAAAGCCUUAUAGUGUCAGCUAAAGCCUCGAGCCCAGCUGAUAAAGUUUCUCAGAUGAUGAACAUUCUUAGUUCAGGGUCGAUGUUCUCAAUACAGAAGCAAGCCGGCGUAUUGUUAGGCCUAGGAAAAAUUUGGAAAGGACCCAAAGGCCUCACGGAUCCGCUAGAUAUUCUAUUUAACAUGUUACUUUCGACGGCAGAUAGACUCCCGAUCUAUGCACUAUCGGGCUUAGGAUACUACUACGAACGGUUGGGGAAAAUGGAUCAAGCUCUGAAGAUCUACAGGGCAGCACUGGUCAAGCUGGAGGACAAGGAAAACGUGAUGGAAUGUGUAACACUAGGUCAAAUUGGAUACAUACUCAACACGAUGGAAAGGUAUGACGAAUCCGAGGAAGCUUUCAGGCAAGAAGUUCGCAAGAGACAACGGAUAUUCGGAGAAACUCAUUCCACGACUCUUGCUGCACAGGUCUGGCUCGCUCAGUCACUGUACGAUCAGGAUAAAUUAGAUGAGAGCAAAGAUGUCGUGCUUGAGGUGCAAGAGAAGAGUGAAAGAGCGCUUGGCAAAAACAACGCAGUAACACUCGAUAACUUGAAGCUUCUUGGACAAAUCCAGUUGGAAGAUGAUGAUCUCGAAGAGGCGGAACUCACUCUGCGGGAGAUAGCCAAAAGAAAGGAGCAGAAGUAUGGAAAAGACAACACGAAUACCCUCCAGGCUCUCUAUAACGUCGCUGACUUCCUCUACAAUCGGACAAGGAACAAUGAGGCUGAAAUGAUAUCUCGGCCUGUUUUGGAAAUUCAAGGAAAGAAGCUGGGCUUGGAGCACAGCCAAACUCUCGACACACUUGAUCUUCUUGCUUUCAGCUUGUACUACCAAGAACAACUGGAAGAAGCCUUAGAGCUGUUUCAAAAACAAACCACUGUCUAUGAGAAGAUUUCUGGUAGGACUCAUUCCAGAACUUUGGAAACCCUUCAGUGGUUAUUUCAAGCGCACCUGGAUAUGAGAAAUUACACCGAGGCAGAGAAUACUAUUCGUGACCUCAUCGGUAGACACGAAACUGAAUAUGGAAGAGAUAACUUCAAGACGAUGAAAGUGGUGUACCAGCUAGGUCUAGUCCUCGAACUACAGGGUAGAGACGAAGAAGCGGAGAUUCAAUUUCGAGACACUGUGAAUCAAAUUGACGCUGCUCUUCAAGUUGGAUAUCACGAAGCGUUGUCGUGGUUUGCUGCUCUCGCUGGAGUGCAUGGCACAAAAGACGGAAGCAGCGUGCAGUUCGAGAAGACUAGGAAAGGGCUUCUUGGUUUGGAAAAGAGCUAUGCCGGCAUGAUGCGCGAUAUAUUCUUAAUUGCCACCAAAAAUGUCUGUACAUGCGGCAAAGACUUGGACCCUGAAGAGAUUAUAGCGCAGCCUGUUGCAAGUGACGAUGAAACGAGGAAGAGAAUCACAUCAUUGCGUUCAUUAUUCUGCGAACUAACCUUUGGACCGGACGUGGAAAGGAAUUGCGUCAAGGCAGAGGAACUAUAUCAGGCUGCCUUGAAAGAUCUUAAAGACCAAAAGGAGGUCAAACUUGAAGACCUGAUUCGGAUUACUUGCGGUACAUAGGUAGG